UCGAGAUGGACCCUAUUGCUGCAUCAUUUUUGAAUUUUUUCUUUCUCGCCCUCUUAAUUCGAUUCUCCGAUUUGCGAGCCAUUGACUUAGCACUUAACACUGACAGGACUAACACUAUACUUGAUGAAACUUUUGAUAACAUGGAGGAUUUAAAAUUUAAUUCUAGGAAUGACCAUUUUAGGAGAAAAAGAGAAAUAGUAAAAAGGCGGAUUAUGAAUUGCUGUGGUUUGAAAGCGUGCAUGGAUCCAACAUUUAACGGCACCAGAGUCACCAAGAGGCGAGUACAAUACGAGGUGCUCGGAUUUGACCAGGCCAAGAACCAACUCAUUGUGAAGAAGAAAAAGCGUCCCGGGAUAAAAUACACAGCCGUAGCCAAAUUCGUUUCAGGCGGGUUGAGCAUUUCUUGCGCGGGUUGUCCCGACGGGUGGCAGAACGAUUUGAGGCUGGGCGACGGCGUGGGCACCGUCGCCGUUAAGUGUCCAGGGUGCGGACCUGGCUGGAGGAAACUGUUGCCCAGCAAUUUCAAGACUAAUGUGACGGAAUCAGGCACUGAACAGCCAGAAAAGGAUGGAGAGGACAGUGGGAAUAACGCAGAGGAAACUACUGACGAGGUUGAAGUUGAGACCAAAGUAAUUGAAGAGGGUGAAGAUACAACCUCCGAGGAAACAACUGCUUCUUCUUCAGAGGAGGCUUCCACUGAAGAAAGCACUUCUUCUCAAGAGAUUACGACAGAAACAGAGAGCACAACUGAAAAUGUGACCUCAUCAUCAACAACACCUCCUACAAGUACAACCACUGCGAAAACCCUACAAAGUACUUCAAAACCUGCGCUUGCCCUACCUGCAGGGUUUACAAUUCCAGCUGGCAUAAAAUUGCCGGAUAAUCUCGGAGGACUGGCUGCUAUGUUAGGUUGAAUAAAUUAAUUGAUUUAAUGUAUUUACUUUUUUACUGAAAUAAAAUUUACUUUUUUAUACAUUGACCGCGAUUUCAAU